GUCUCUUUAGUUAUAUCAACGUUUGGGACCAAUUCAAGUAAUGAAGUCGAUAACAGUAGUUUUUACACCGGUCUUGGUCUCGCCAUUAGUUCUAGCGUUUUCAUCGGAAGUAGUUUUAUCAUCAAGAAGAAGGGACUGCUCAAGGUUACAAGAAGUUCAGGAACGAGAGCAGGUAAACAAAAAAGUGAACAGCGUGGUUUAGUAGUUUGCGGUGACACAGCGAUCGCGGAUGCUUUCGUUUUGCUGGAUGAAAAACAUUAAUUUUUAAAAGCUAGAAAUAUAAUGCGACCGUGAGCCAACCUUUGAUGAACGCAACGGAAAGUGACUAAGACUUAUUUAGAUCCCAUGUAUGAUAAUUUUCUCCUUAUUUUUAGGUCAAGGAGGUUAUGCUUAUCUGAGAGAAUGGCUGUGGUGGUCUGGCAUGAUAACGAGUAAGUUUUGAGUUUAAAUAUUCUCGAACAGCUUACUAGUAAUUCAUCUUUCUGCUGCAGCUGCAACUUCUUCGUCUCUGGAGAAACCGUGUAAUCGACUCUCUAUCCUCUAAAGUGUGAAGUUGUAGACCUCUAUUACUUAUGUGUAACAAAAUUUUCUCGUCAAGAAUUCCUAUGUCAUUUUCUUUCAUAAAACGCGUGGAUAAGAUUUUAAUACGCGUUCACUGUGAUAUUGAGCAUAGGUAUUUCCGAUUAAAACUUCUGUAUUUGCUUCACAAAUCGAGUUUAUGGAGAAAGUAUUCAAGUCGGUGAAAAAAAAUUCUUUCAGAGGUGACACAAUAACUAGUCAGUGACCGAGUAGUAUAAAUUCUGGCACAUAUAUACACAAGGACAUAAACUAUAUAAGCAAACAUAACAAGUAGUAAAUUAUCCUACUGGCCAAAGACAAACAGCCAUAAUCCAAGCGUGACUGAGGAGCAGCGCUGUGAACUCUCCUGGAUAAUCCGGGAAACUCCAGAUUUUGGCCGUAUAUCCCGGUCUUCAGAUUAGAGUACGAAAUCUCCCGGAUAAUCGCCCAAGUUUGCCAAUUCCUGUAGACUUGACUUUCCGACCAUAAAAUUUUAAAUAUUUUGCAUUGUUUGAACCACAUAUUUAUUAUUAUGGAACGUUUUCUCAUAAUCUGCGGCAUGCCAUUGUAAUUUAAGCAAUUAUGUGGCUUUAUAUAUAUAUGAACUGUUGUAUGGGGUAUUACGUCGAUUAGAGUCCUCAAGUUUUUUCGCACAAAUGACAUCAUGUGCCCUAAGAUAUGAUGUCAUCUAUCAUCCCUUCCCUAUCAAUUCUCAAUAUUUGAAGAUGUGGGGGAUGGACAGCUCUGCUGAGGACUUUAACGUGGGGUUAUAUAUGAAAUUAAAGCUUCAACUUUCCUCCCUUCUCCCUCCAGGCGUGCAUACCCCAGGCAUAUUUUGACAACUUUGUCUUCCCAGGAGGGGGAGUGGGGGUGAAUUUGAUAUUAGGGAACUUAAGCAACAAUGACAGCAACAAAAACGUCACUUACAACGUGAAGUUGCGCUGCUUCAAACUUUAUCAUACUUAUUCCAUCUCUUUCAGUUCGUCAAAUGUUGGCAAUAGCACUUUGCACCAUUGACGUCACAAAUUUCGGGUCUCUGCUGUGACUCAGACAUUGAACUUGAUAUCUGUUAAGAGUUUUGUAUGGGGAAAGUCAUGUUCACCAACAAAUUUACAUCAUCUUUGAAGAUUUUUAUUGUCAAAAGAAACAAAACCUGGAUGUUGUGGUUAAUUUUUUAUCUCAGGUAAUUCUUGUUUUUCUUUUGUUUUGUGGUAUGGUAAUGUAUACUAAUGAAGUUGGAACAAAAGAAAAACGAAAAUUAACUGAGAUAAAAAAUUAAGUACUAUGCAAAAUAUAUCCUGAAAAUUAUUAACGUGUGCCAAGACAGGGUUAAACAUGGAAAAACGUGUACAGAUGAGUGAUUUUAUUCAUAAAUGCUGUGUCAUUACUGUGGGUAAAAUGUAUAUAAUACAGCAUUUUACUAAGAAUUGUAUGGAAAGCAGGAUGUCAUAACUGUUCUUAAAAGGCUCAUUUGGUUAAAUUUAGUGGCAAAUGAUGCUCAGUUUUUUUUUGAAGUGUGAAGGCAACUCUCAUUACACUGAAAAAAAAAACUUACAGAGAGCGGCUUUCCUCUUUCCAAUCACUUUCGCCGUUAAAGUCGCUUACGCCAGAGUCCCCAUCAGCGAAAAUUUCAACUGGUGCUUCUCUGGUCAUUCUUUGUUGCUGUGGCUUAGCCAUCAUUUUGGAAAAAAUACUGAGCAACACAAUAAUAGCAAAGUCAGGGCUUCUGAUAUUUCGAGGAAAAAAAAAACAAAAUUUCAUGGGAUUUUCAGGGACAAAUUCGCGGAAAAAUCGGCCAAUUUCGUGGGAUUUUCCCAGGAGAAAAGUCAAAAUUGCAGAAAUAUUGGCUGAUUUUGCAGGAUUUUAGCGGAAAAAAGUCAAAUUUCGAAGGAUUUUCAGGGGUAAAUUCUUAGGAAAAUCGGUCGAUUUCACGGGAGAUUUCAGGGGGAAACUUCGCGAAGAAACAAUCAGUAAAAAACAGCCGAUUUUGCUGGAUUUUUUUUGGCAAAUUUCGCUAAAAUCGAUCAAUUUUGCGUCGAUAUGACCAGCGUUGUGUAGCGUUUUUUUACAGGGAUUAUCAUUUCCUCUUUCAACAACAGUUCACUCGAGAAAUGAGAGAAUGCGAAAGCUAUUAACAUUAUGGUUAGUGCUCAGUUUUUCGCAACGUUCAUCUAAGAAUGCCUGGUAGUUUUGGGAGGUUGUUUACUCGUUGGAGUGACAAAGUUUCAAGAUAAAUUUGGAUGUUUGGGGUGAAUAGAACAGGUCUAAUAGCCAAGAUAAGUAUUAAAUAUGUUUUGCCGACAUGUAUUUGGAAAUAUAUCUGGCGUAUUUCGCGUUAUUACGCUUUUUUUUGGUAAUUUCACAGGAUUUUGCGGAAAUACCUGAAUUCCGCCGGUCCACGACCGCGCGAAAUAUCAGUAGCCCUGCAAAGUGAAUAUAUGUGGACAGGACCCUUUUAUAAAUUGAGUGCCAGACUUUCUCAACGACCAGAGUUAAUUUCUUCAAGCCAACUCGAAGAACCAGACUCUUGCUGAUCUCAUUUGUAUGAGGACGUAUAUAUAUGUCCUUGGUCACUGAGUGAGCACUCGGAGGAUGUAUGUAUAUGUCCUUGGUAGGGAAGGGGUUAAGCUCCCUAAUGAUGGUAUUCAGGGGGGGGGGGUGUGGAAUUCGAGCCCUAGCUUGAGGCCUUGUUCGAGUUAAAUUCUGAUAAGUGACAUAUCCUUGAAUUAGUGACAUAAAACAGAUGAAAUGGCGAAAAACGACAUGAAGAUGGGUUUCAACUGCGAUGGCAACGAUGAUAGUCACAAACACAAUGCUGACAGCAACAUGGCUUCCUCCUCCAUACGUGAAAGGACUGCUUUUGAAAUUUAGACCAGGGAUAUAUGCACCCACCUCCUAAGAAGGCCUCUGGCUUUGAUUUCUUGUGAUGUGUCUCAGGGCUUGCACAAGCCAUAAAAAAUCAUUGUGUUGUAUGACAUUGUGAGUUUGGAUAAUUUAAUAGGCAAGAUUACAGCUUAUUCGUGGAUCGGCUAAAAAACAAGGGAUCAUAGUUCAGCUUUGCUUUGUCUGCGGUCAACUUGGCCUCAAGAGCAUUAGGUAGCAUAUUAAUAGUUAUAUUUAAAGCGACGUGAUUGAUUUUAAGGAGCAGUACAAAUCGAAAUCCAUGCCGCUUGUCACUUUCAAAGUGAUGGAUUAUGUUACAUGUGAAAUCAUGCAGAACGACCUUUGAACAUCGAAGCAUGCCCGUCUUUUUCGUACGACAUUCGUAAAAACAUUUUCUGUAGGCUUUAGUAAACUCUGACUCAACAAGCCAACACUAGUAUGUAACGUUUGAUUUUUCUGCCCGCUUAACUGAACACUGCACUAAAAGCAAGAGUGCCUGGCUGGGCGACUGGGAAUUUUGUUUAAGUCACCCAAAGCUAAAUGUUAGUUGCCUUAGGCGACCAGGCGCCGUUAGAGCAGAGCCUUGGUAUGUUGUAGAGUUUGCCAGAUACAUUACUGCCAGGAAUAACCCCAGUUAGUGCCAAGAGCAGGUUUUGAGUUUACAUCAGUGCAUUAAACCACUCAGUGAUACUACCUCCCAUAGUUAGAGGUUAUUAUUUUAUUUUACCACAAGUGGAUGAACAGAGGUCUUAAAUCUUAUCAAACUAUUAAGAGAGGUAGACAAGGGCCAGGCUUAGCAGAAGGUAGACACUUGAGUUAGUUUAUAUAGAAUUUGAAACACUGACAAAAAAAAAAGUGAUGACAAGUGAACUCCAGAGGGAUUCUCUUAUGUAUCAGUCAAUUCCAAAAGUGUCUGCCCCAUUCCUUACAUACAAGUGUAAUAAGGGUGUAGAAAAGUGAUAAAUAUAAUACAUCUAAAAAAGGAAACACAAGGUUAACCUUAUCACAUUCACUUGAGAGCAGGUUUUGACUUUACAUCAGUUUACAUCAGCCCCUUGAACAUAGGAUAAGAGCGCUAUAGAAAUAAAGUUAUUAGUUAUUAUUAUUAUUAAGAAAGUGUGGAGGAAAAUAUCAAUAUAUAACUAGUUACUUAUUACGAUAAUUUAUCGAGAAAUAAUUUAAAUCAUGAUUAUGAAUUAUUCUUUGAUUUUAAGUAAUGUUUGGCUUUGGUCUUGUGCUACCCCUAAGGGAAUUUAGGGGACACGUUGCAAUAGGCAACUGAUUUAAUUCGUAACACCCCUUCUAUGGUUGAAAGAUUUAAGGUCUUACAAUUUGCCAUUCUCUAUACUAACACACAGUGUAUUGUUUUUAUAGUGAUAGUUGGUGAAAUUGCAAACUUUACAGCAUACGCCUUUGCACCAGCCAUACUUGUUACUCCACUAGGUGCUCUUAGUGUUUUAGUAAGGUGAGUUGAAAGAAACAGGAAGUCAAUAGUGCCUCUUGUGAUUAAGCUAUGUAGUAUUUUUUUUAAAUGCUCAAUUUGUUGUUUAACAUGAACCACACAGAUUACCAGUAAGUGAUGUUUCAUGCUCAUGAAGAGGUCAUUUAGAUUUUUUCAAUGCUGGGCUAUUGCAAUGGGCCAUUCCCUUGAGUGUUGCUUAAAACAAGCGGCCACUUACCUAAAAUGUUUUUUCAGCUGAGGCAUUAUAAUAUGAAAAAUUAUCAGUUUUUAGUAAGAAAUCUUUAUUCUAAAAUUCGUUCCUGAUCAGGCUGUAGACGCAGUAAAGACUUCUUGCAAAAAAUAAUGUAGAUGGCACCACAGAGAAUUCCCCCUCGGAAUUUCCAAUGAUCUUCUGUGGGAGGGGUAUGGAUAUUUUCUGGAACCACACAAUGUAAGGCGGUGUCCACACUUUAAAAAUAAUACAUAAAAAUCAUUGUUUUACAAUUUUAAAGAGUAGAGAGAUAAAAAGCAAAGGAGACCGAUUUUGUUGGAAGAAAAACAUGAAAAUUUUAUAGAGGCAGUGAGAAAAUGAGAACUAGCAUCCACCAAGGUGAAAAUGAGAGGCAGCAAGAAAAAGGUCAACGGGAACACAUACAACAUCAGUCCUCCAUAAAACAUGUAACUAGGAAGUUUUUGGAGGUUUCACGUGGUAGUCAUGCAAAACGAUGGCAAAGAAAUGUACAAAAAUAGUGUGCUGCACAUGCAAAGUUGUUUCUCUGCUAAUUAGAUAAAUUUUUUUGUUUUGUUGCCGCUUAGCAUUACACGAUUUUAUGUUUUGUUUGUGUAAACUAUAAAUAUUAAUGAGAGCUUCACUUUUAGCCUUGGUUAAACUAUAAAUAUUUAACAAGAGCUUCACUUCUAGCCCUGGUAAAUGGUUGAACUCUACAAACAUUGUAUGUUUUAGAGUACUUGAAAGACCUGCAGAUUUUAAUUGCUAUAAUUUGGUUUGCUGUGUUUGUUUUCCUACCUUUUCUUGAACUUUUUUUAUUUCUAUUCCUAGUGCAAUGUUGGCAUCAUAUUUCUUGAACGAGAAACAAAACCUCCAUGGGAAAAUAGGUUGUAUUUUAUCAAUUAUUGGUUCCACUGUUCUGGUCAUACAUGCACCACAGGAAGAAGAGGUUACAAGUAUGGAAGUACUGGAGCCAAAGCUUGGAUCUCCAGGUUAUUUAAUAUCUCUUUUGUCUAUCAUUGAGCAAGAAUCUUGCAAGAAUAUAUUAUGUUGAAUUUUGCAUUUUUAUUAAGCAAAUUAACAGCUAUUGAAUCAUCUGCUACAUGUAAUUUGCAAUCAGAGCACUACAUUUUAGUAAAGAUACAGGUAACAAGUCAUAGGAAGAAUGAUUUGAGACAUCUCACUUUACCCAAUGUCCACUUAAUGUAGCGUGUCCACACUUUCCAAUGUCGUGAGGGACGUAAAGGGCUGCCAUUGAAUAUACCAGUAUCCUGAUGUAUUUUUUCUACUCAAAGAGGUAGAAUUAGCUAUUUCAGGCACACUUCUGUCCAUUACCUGUAAAAGCCGUGGUUAGUACACCUGGCCCACAUAUACUGUCAAUCAGGUGUACUUAGGACUAUUGCUUGUGUUAAAUCACAGAAAACAGAAAUAAUCUACCGGGUUAAUUGUUAAUUGCUGAAAAGUAGUCUGCAGAGGCUUACAGGAGUAGCUAAAAAAAAAAAAAUUAUUAUGGAAUGUGGACAUUUACGUGUAUUGUCAACUUACAAGAGCUUCUAUUUAUAAAUUUAUGUUUUCUUUCAUGUUUUCAGGUUUUGUGACAUACAGUAUCCUUGUUAUAGCACUUGCAUUUGUGUUAAUCUUCUAUUAUGGACCACGCCAUGGAAAAACAAACAUUCUGGUUUACAUUGCAAUCUGUUCUCUGAUUGGCUCGUUGUCUGUCAUGGGAUGUAAAGGCCUUGGAAUAGUAAUAAAACAGACUGUCAGUGGACACAGCCAGUUGGCAAAUCCUGUUGCUUGGGGGUUAUUAGGAGCUGUAUUGGCAUGCGUCAUGACACAGAUGAACUACCUAAACAAAGCUCUUGAUAUCUUUAAUACUUCACUGGUCACUCCAAUCUAUUAUGUUAUGUUCACGACGCUAACAAUUAUCGCAUCAGCCAUUUUGUUCCGAGAAUGGGAAGUGAUGAACUCAAAAGACACUAUUGGAGUAAUCUGUGGAUUUUUGACCAUAGUAUUUGGCGUGUUUUUGUUGCAUGCAUUUAAAGAUGUUCACUUUAGUUUAAAGGACAUCCUAAAGUUUUCUCAGACAAAUGGUGUGCCAAGAGCAAGGAAACCUCAUGCUCCACUGAAUGAUGAAUCAGAAGCAAUCCUUAUGCAUCACUUGGGAGGUGACGAUGAGGAAGAAACUGUGUUUCCAAAUAAUGCCAACCAUCUAUGA